ACCAAAGUUCUCGGAUAAGGCCAAGCAUAAUUUUCCUUAUUGAUUGUCACAAAAGUGUCCCCCAUUUUUGCUGAUAGGGUUUACUUCAAAUUUUGCCACUCACCACAAAAUCACUGCUGCCUCUCAGCAAUCUUACGCCUCAUUUCCACAAAAGAUACAACUACAAACUUGAUAAUGUUGUAAAUAAAUAAAUUUUGAAUAAGCCUUGUCAAAAUUGCUAGGAAGUUCAUUUUCGCGAACUGUCAAAAUGGCAUUUAUUUGCCAGUCAAAUUUUUGAUUUAAAAAAAAAAACAAUAAAAGCAAAAUUUUUAGUGAAAUUCAAAUAUGGCCAAAGAAUCACUGUUGAGGGCAUCAGAAGAGCAAACUUUAGCCUCGAGAGGUUAUCGCCUAAUAAAAAAGUUAGGGGAAGGUUCGUACGCCAACGUGUAUUUAGCUGAAUUUUUCUCAGUAACUGACGAAAGACAAAACCGCUAUUUGGCCUGUAAAGUAGUCGACGUCUCCAAAGCCCCAAAAGACUUUGUAAAAAAAUUCCUACCAAGAGAACUAGACAUUUUAGUCCGCCUCAACCACCCGCACAUAAUCCACAUCCACAGCAUUUUCCAACGCAAAACGAAAUAUUUCGUGUUUAUGCGCAACGCCGAAAAAGGCGACUUGCUGGAGUAUGUCCUGAAACGAGGUCCCGUUUCCGAAGCCCAAGCCAGAGUCUGGAUCAGGCAACUGGCCUUGGGCGUGCAAUAUUUGCACAGCAUGGACAUCGCCCAUCGGGAUUUAAAAUGCGAAAAUUGCCUGAUAACGUCCAACUAUAAUUUGAAGCUGGCUGAUUUUGGUUUCGCGCGGUUCGUGAUGGACAAUAAUGGGAAACAGGUGCUGAGUAGUACUUAUUGUGGGUCGUUGUCUUAUGCAGCUCCAGAAGUACUCAGGGGGUUGCCGUACUACCCUAAAAUGGCUGAUGUGUGGUCUUGUGGGGUCAUUAUUUAUGUUUGUAUCAAUAAAGCUAUGCCAUUUGAUGAUACUAAUGUGAAACGGUUACAUGAACAACAAGUUAGUAAGCGGUGGAAGUUUCGAUCGAAGGUAGUUGAUAAUUUAUCCGAACAGGUGAAGCAAUUGGUGACUCAUUUAUUGGAGCCAGACAUCACCAAAAGAUGGAACAUGGACAGAUUGGUGCAAUCCGAUUGGAUAAUCAUGGAUCCACGGUUUCAAGUGUUAACCAAAGCCGAAGAAACCGCUUUGGCUCAAUCCAGCGUAGAACGGCGAACUUAUUUGGAAGGUGUAAACAAAAAAACUAAAGACUCUUUCAAAAUCAAAAACGAAGCUGACGAUAUGAAAGUCCUUAAGCCCACCACUCACGAAGACCAUGUGCCCAGGGUGGACUUGGAAAGUGUUGUUACAGUGGCCGAAGAAUAAAAAAUAAAUCUCUCU